AAAAAAUCUCAGAAAUCGUUUCAGUAUCAGUUUAGUUUUCUAAACUAACGCAGCAGGGCGUUGAUUAUAAUCACUAAAGCCGAUAAUAAUCAUAUCAAGAGAUGUCACUGUUGUGUGUUGGAGUGAAAAAAGCCAAGCUCGAUGGACCCCUAGAGAAAUUUAACACCUACGUGUCACUGAAGGUUCAGAAUGUGAAAAGCACCACCAUUGCCGUUCGAGGCAGUCAGCCAUGUUGGGAACAGGACUUCAUGUUUGAGAUUAACAGGCUAGAUUUGGGCCUGACAGUGGAGGUGUGGAACAAAGGACUGAUAUGGGACACCAUGGUUGGCACAUUGUGGAUCCCUUUGCACAGUAUUCGACAGUCGAAUGAGGAAGGGCCAGGUCAAUGGCUGACUUUAGAUUCCCAGGUUAUCAUGGCCGAGAACGAGAUCUGCGGCACAAAAGAUCCCACCUUCCAUCGAGUGCUUUUGGACACACGAUUCGAACUACCAUUAGAUAUACCGGAGGAGGAGGCUCGAUACUGGGCUAAGAAAUUGGAACAGCUCAAUGCCAUGAGGGACCAAGAUUAUACAUACCAGGAGGAGCACGAGAGACCACUUCCAGUGCCAUCAACACAGUGCUGUAACUGGAGUCUAUGGGGGGACCAGCAGAAUGAUGAUCCAGACAGUGCUGUGGAUGAUCGAGACAGCGAUUACCGCAGCGAAACCAGUAACAGCAUCCCACCUCCAUACUACACCACAUCUCAGCCCAAUGCAUCUAUGCACCAGUAUCCCAUCCGACACAUGCACCAUGGCUCCCGCUACAACGAUAUGCAUGACUAUGAAUACGAUAACCAGCGAGCAAUUAGCCCCACCGGCAGUAGUCACUAUGCCUCCUCGGGUGAGCUGAGCCAUGGCAGCUCCCAGCUCAGCGAAGAGUUCGGCCGUGAGGAUGGUGAGAGUUUCCGUGGUUCUGGAGAAUUCUAUGAUGAGAACGACUCUUACCACUCCUGCCAUUCCUCCGUUAGCUAUGGUAAAGACUCACCCGGUUGGGACCCAGAUGAACCACAGGGUGUCUACAGUGAUGAUGGGGAGUACAACAAAGAUGGAGGUGAAGAGGGUGCACUCUAUGAUGAAGAAGAUGGAGAGAUCUAUGAACAAGAUCCCUAUGAAGAGGAAGAGGUGGGGAGGGUGUAUGAAGAGGAUGAAGAUCUGUACCCAUUGGACGGUACAAUCAGUGAAGAACAGGAGACACCAUACACCCCCACUCCGACCAGCACGGCCCCAACACUGGCCCCUGAGGCCCCCACCAGCCGUCCACCACUUGAGAAACAGGCUUCCAUGCACCAGCAACAUCCCCCGCAAUCCCAAUUCCAGACUAUAGAGCCCAAGAGAGAGUCCCUGCCCCCACAGCAGCCACAAGAUCUGGAGACACCAGUGGACCCUGCAGUAAGGGCCAAAGCCAACUGGCUACGACUCUUCAACAGGGUUCGCCUUCAACUGCAGGAGGCUCGAGGCGAGACUCCAGGACUUGCGUCACUCUUUAUGCAAGCAGGGCCUGGAGGUGCUCUUUACAGCAUAGACAGCAUGCCUGACCUUCGCAAGAGAAAAGCUAUCCCUCUUGUCCGAGACUUGGCAAUGUCUCUUGUCCAGAACUCUCGAAAGGCAGGCAUUACAUCUGCUAUGGCCUCCAGUACACUUAAUAAUGAAGAACUGAAGAGUCACGUCUAUAAGAAGACCCUGCAGGCUUUGAUUUAUCCCAUCUCCUGUACCACGCCACAUAACUUUGAGGUGUGGACGGCCACCACGCCCACCUACUGCUAUGAGUGUGAGGGGCUUCUGUGGGGCAUUGCUCGACAGGGUAUGCGCUGCACUGAGUGUGGUGUCAAGUGCCACGAGAAGUGUCAAGAUUUGCUGAAUGCUGACUGUCUGCAGAGGGCAGCUGAGAAGAGCUCUAAGCAUGGAGCUGAGGAUCGCACGCAGAACAUCAUAAUGGUGUUGAAAGACAGAAUGAAGAUCCGUGAGCGAAACAAGCCUGAGAUAUUUGAGCUGAUUCAGGAUGUGUUUGCAGUCAUCAAGGCCACACAUGUGGCACACAUGAAGCAGAUCAAGCAAAGUGUCCUGGAUGGAACAUCCAAGUGGUCAGCCAAGAUCAGCAUCACAGUGUUAUGUGCCCAGGGCCUGCAGGCAAAGGACAAGACUGGCUCCAGUGACCCUUAUGUAACUGUGCAAGUGGGCAAGACCAAAAAACGUACCAAGACCAUCUACGGCAACCUCAACCCUGUUUGGGAUGAGAGCUUCAAUUUUGAGUGUCACAACUCAUCCGAUCGGAUCAAGGUGCGUGUGUGGGACGAGGAUGAUGAUAUUAAAUCCAGAGUGAAACAGAAGUUUAAACGAGAGUCUGAUGAUUUUCUGGGUCAGACUAUCAUCGAGGUACGAACUCUGAGCGGAGAAAUGGACGUCUGGUACAACCUGGACAAGCGUACAGACAAAUCUGCUGUAUCAGGAGCCAUUCGUAUGCACAUCAGUGUAGAGAUCAAAGGAGAGGAAACCGUGGCCCCGUACCAUGUCCAGUACACCUGCCUGCAUGAGAACCUUUUCCACUAUUUAACGGACAUCCAGAACACCGGGGUGGUGAAGAUACCAGAUGCCAAAGGUGACGAUGCCUGGAAGGUUUACUUUGAAGAGACGCCCCAGGAGAUUGUGGAUGAGUUUGCCAUGCGUUAUGGAGUGGAAUCCAUAUAUCAAGCCAUGACACACUUUGCCUGCUUGUCAUCAAAGUACAUGUGUCCCGGAGUGCCUGCCGUCAUGAGUACCCUACUGGCCAACAUCAAUGCUUACUACGCCCACACGACCCAAGCCACCAACAAUGUGUCGGCCUCCGACCGUUUUGCUGCCUCUAACUUUGGGAAAGAGCGAUUUGUGAAGCUUCUGGAUCAGCUCCAUAACUCAUUGAGGAUUGAUCUUUCCAUGUACAGGAACAAUUUCCCGGCUAGCAGUCCUGAGAGGCUACAGGACCUUAAGUCCACCGUUGACCUACUAACCAGUAUUACAUUUUUCAGGAUGAAGGUCCAAGAGCUUCAGAGUCCUCCUCGUGCCAGCCAGGUGGUGAAGGACUGUGUGAAGGCUUGCCUCAACUCCACCUAUGAAUACAUUUUUAACAACUGCCAUGAGCUUUAUAGUCGAGAAUACCAAACUGACCCCAACAAAAAAGGAGAGGUUCCUCCUGAGGAACAAGGUCCAAGCAUCAAGAAUCUGGACUUCUGGUCCAAGCUAAUCACCCUCAUUGUGUCAAUUAUUGAAGAAGACAAGAACUCCUACACCCCCUGCCUUAACCAGUUUCCCCAGGAGCUCAAUGUCGGGAAGAUCAGUGCAGAGGUUAUGUGGAACCUGUUUGCCCAAGAUAUGAAGUAUGCAAUGGAGGAGCAUGAAAAGAACCGUCUGUGCAAGAGCGCCGAUUACAUGAACCUGCACUUCAAAGUAAAAUGGCUCUACAAUGAAUACUGCAAAGAUCUGCCUUUCUUCAAGAGCCGAGUGCCUGAAUAUCCUGCGUGGUUCGAGCCAUUUGUCAUCCAGUGGUUGGAUGAGAACGAGGAGGUGUCUCGAGACUUUUUGCACGGAGCCCUGGAGCGGGACAAGAAAGAUGGGUAUCAGCAAACUUCAGAGCAUGCUCUCUUCUCCUGUUCGGUAGUGGACGUCUUCUCGCAGCUUAACCAGAGUUUUGAGAUCAUUAAGAAGCUGGAGUGUCCUGACCCACAGAUCGUUGGACACUACAUGAAGAGAUUCGCCAAGACCAUAAGCAACGUUCUGCUCUCUUAUGCGGACAUUAUCUCCAGGGACUUCCCCAACCAUUGCACAAAGGAAAAAGUGGUAAUGCCCUGUAUCCUAAUCAACAAUAUCCAGCAACUCAGGGUACAGCUUGAGAAGAUGUUUGAGGCCAUGGGAGGUAAAGAUUUGAACGUUGAAGCUAGUGACAUCUUGAAAGAACUCCAGGUGAAGCUCAACAAUGUUCUAGAUGACCUUGCAAGGAUCUUUGCCACAAGUUUCCAACCAAACAUAGAAGAAAACGUGAAGCAGAUGGGUGAUAUACUUAGUCAGGUGAAGGGUACAGGAAACGUGCCAGCAAGUGCUUGCAGCAGUGUGGCUCAAGAUGCUGACAAUGUCUUACAGCCCAUCAUGGAUUUUCUUGACAGCAACCUUACAUUGUUUGCCAAGAUCUGUGAGAAGACGGUAUUGAAGCGAGUGCUGAAGGAGCUUUGGAAGCUAGUUAUGAACACAAUGGAGAAGACGAUUGUUCUGCCUCCUUUGACUGACCAAACGGGCAGGGUGAAGCUUGCUUGUCACAGUGAUGGCACUCAGCUCAUAUUUAAUGCAGCCAAGGAGCUUGGCCAACUCUCCAAGCUGAAGGAGCACAUGGUGCGUGAGGAGGCCAAGGCACUGUCUCCCAAGCAGUGUGCAGUCAUUGAGUUAGCCCUGGAUACUAUUAAGCAAUAUUUCCAUGCUGGAGGUGUGGGGCUGAAAAAGACAUUCCUGGAGAAAAGUCCAGACCUGCAGUCUCUGCACUACGCCCUGUCCCUCUACACUCAGGCCACGGACAAACUCAUCAAGACAUUCGUUCAGUCCCAAAAUACACAGGUUCAUGGAGGGAAGGGGGUAAGGUUUACCCAUAGUGAAGACGUGUACCCAGAGAAGGGAACUGGUGUUGAUGAUGCAGUUGGAGAGGUGUCUAUCCAUGUGGAGAUCUUUACUCAUCCAAACACUGGAGAGCACAAAGUCACAGUGAAGGUGGUGGCUGCAAAUGACCUGCGGUGGCAGACCUCUGGAAUUUUCCGGCCCUUCGUGGAGGUCUACAUCAUUGGCCCUCAUCUCAGCGAUAAGAAGAGAAAGUAUGCCACAAAGUCCAAGAACAACAGCUGGGCUCCUAAAUACAACGAGACCUUUACAUUCACACUAAGUAACGAAGUGGGCCCGGAGUGCUAUGAGCUGCAAGUGUGCGUGAAAGACUACUGCUUUGCACGGGAGGACCGCACCGUUGGCAUGGCAGUGCUGCAGCUGAAAGACGUAGCACCACGUGGUAGCAUAGCGUGCUGGCUACCGCUAGGUAAACGCAUUCACAUGGACGAGACCGGCCUGACGGUACUGCGAAUCCUUUCUCAGCGCAACAACGAUGACGUAGCUAAAGAAUUUGUCAAGCUCAAGUCCGAUCAGCGCUCUGCCGAAGAGGGGCGGAGCUAAGAGCAGGAACUAACUAGCGACGCAUGGUAACUGUAUGUUUGGCGCAAACACUGCCCUCUAAUGUUGAGAUGUUGCACUAGCACAUAGAAAAAAUACACAAUAAAUAUUUAUCACUUUAAUGGCCAAUCAAGUUUGACAAAGCAGUUAUAUAUUUGUACUCAGUGCACUGCGGUUAGACCAGCCAAGUAAGGCUUGUCUAACGAGCACAAUUUGGCACAUUAGGUGAAACAGACACAAGAUAUUGUAUCUCUUAAAUGCUUGAUGGUUGUGAUGUCUUUGAUUUUUAUAAUAUAUGUUCCAAGACAAAAACCUGCCAAACGGUACUUAAAUACAAUACAUAUUUAUCUAUUUAUUUAUACAACUGCGAAACAUUUUAAAUAUAACUCUCAGCACAUAAAUGUCUCCAAAUAUAAAACAGGAAAAUAUUAUUUAUAAUGUUAGAUUUAUUAUAUCAAUAAAAUAUUAUAUUAUAGUAUUAAUGGUAAAAUAUUAUAUUUAUAAUAGUAUAUUAUUUCUAUUUUAGAGCUUAUUUAAAAAAUGUUUUAAUGCAUCUAAGAAAUGAAUUACCAGACUAAGACUAAGGCAUGUAAACACGUCAGAGUUGCUACAUAUAGUGCCAUGAUGUAAUGAUGUCGGAAAGUCCUCUUUUACGCGGCCUUCUUUUGUCAAUCAUUCCUGCACUCUUUAAAGGGUGCUUUAAUGUCAGGGUAUUAUUUCUUCACUUAAAAUAUAACAAUUUCAUCCCCUAACCUUGACAAACACACUCGUUAGUAGGGACCAAAACCUUCUUUGGAUCAGACUUUAACAUUAUGCAAACUUUUAGAAGCACAAGAAAAUUACGCAAAAUAGAUAAAGGCUUGCAGUUUAAGCAGCUACAACCAAAUACGCCUCUGAACGCAGGGUGGUUGCUUUUUUCUUGUAGCAUAAUUUUUUUUAUUAUUUAAGUUUUAAUAUUUAGCUGUGUUUUUCACACAUUUUGUGCACAACACUGUUACCACAUGGUUUUGACUCUAGACAAGUCCAAGACAAGUCAAACCUCAUUCCAGUUUCUCGAAUUUUACAAAUAUUGUUGUUUUGAUUGCAUUUCGUCAAGUUCAACCCUGUUACCUGUUAAGUUAUUAUAAGAAAAACAAUAUCAAUCAAAUGUUUCUCGUUAAUUUAUGGAAAAUGUAUUUAUCAAUAAAUAUAAACCAACAGUUUUGGGUGUAAUCCAUUUGCAAAGUAAUUAGUAAUUACUUUUUUAGUAAAAAAAAAUAGGUAAUGCAUUACAUUUUAAAUACUUGUAAUCAGAUUACAGUUACUAACUUUCCAUUAACUGAAUUACUUUUAAGUACAUUAUAGGGUUAUGCUUAUUUCUAACAUAUUAUUUAUGUAUUUCUCGUAACGAGUCAUUGUGAAGUGUGUAACAUUGAACAAGAAAGAAAUAUAGACAUUAUUGUGAAUUUGUUGAGCAAAAGUGUUUUAGAAAGUAACUUAGUGAAAGUAAAGUAAUAAGCAAUGUGAUUACUUUUUCAAUUAUGCAGUUAGUAAAGUAAUCUGAUUACAAUUUUAGAUAAAUAAUUUGUAAUUUGUAGUGAAUUACUAUUUUUAAGUAUCUUGUACUGACUACACUGGUACUAAACUAGCAAGCGCAUACUAAGUGAUAGCUUAAUUUAGGCUAUAUUUGCAACCCUGUUACUUGAAACUGUUAGCCAUUCAGCCACGAGUGUAAAUUUGGCUUGAACUUU